ACCGUACUGUUUGCACGUUAUAUUAAUCUUUAAAAUGUGUGUAUUAAUGGUUAUUUGUAUGUGUCAUGACAGAGCAAUGAGGUUGGUGGAAGCUAACACAUGGAGUUAGAAGGCCUGAAAAGGAGUCUGGAGUUGUUAAAGGAACGUGGUGUGACUCUGGACUGUAUUGUCACGGACAGACAUUUGCAAAUUCAGAAAUUCCUAAGGGAAAGCAGCAUCACCCAAUUGUUUGAUGUGUGGAACAUAGAGAAAGGGAUUUCUAAGCAACUGGAUAAGGCUGCAAAAAUGAAGGACUGCGAAAAACUUUGAAAGUGGAUGAAGAGUAUAAGAAACUAUAUAUACUGGACUGCAGCAACCUCCACCAUCGGGCCUGAGAGAGUGGCCAAAUGGACUUCCAUCCUGAACCACGUGCAGGAUGUCCACUCUCAUGAUGACCCCCUGUUCCCUAAGUGCCUUCAUCCACUGUGCAUUACCACCGAUAAAAGGAAAUGGAUGGCAACAGGAACGCCGGCCUUUUGCAAGCUGGAGAAAAUUCUCUUAAACAAGAGGAUUUUGAAAGCUGUGGCCAAACUCAGCCCCCACCACCAGACUUCAUCUUUGGAGGCAUUCCACGGCGUCAUCCUGCGCUUUGCUCUAAAGAAUGUUGUGUUUCCAUUUCUUGGAAUGUUGUGCAGACUGUACCUGGUAGCCCUGCACUACAAUGAAAACGCUGAUCGUGCACAAGCCUCUACAUCCACUGGAAAGCCUCUGUAUAAACUGCAGUUCCCAAAGGCCAGGAAGGGAGAAUGCAGAGCAAAACCCAUAAAGACUGACCCCACAUUCCGCUACGUUGCCAACUUGAUGGACCUCAUCUUCAACCAAGUCUUUGUGGACCCUGCACCAUUCACACAGGAGCUUUUGAAGAUACCCAUCCCAGAGGACCUGUGUUCCCAAUAUGAGCGACCUGAGGGAGGUCAUCGCAGGUUAUGCUUCACGGUUCAAUUUGGCUGCUGUCUGAACCCAACAUAGACGUUUUGCGGAUCAGGAAAC